AUGUUCCGUGCAAAAAUGCUCCGUGUGUUUAUCUGUGGAGCUCAUAGUGUCGGUAAAACUACGUUGGUGGAUGAAGUGGGAAAGGAAUUGCCGAAUAUUCAUAAGCAGGGUGAAGUAGCGAGAAAAGUCAUCAAGGAUUUAAAUCUACGACGAGAAGACUUUGAUCCGAGGAUUAACCCUGCUAAGUUCGAAGAGCUACAAAUAAAGAUAUUAGAAGCACAGUGUGAAGCUGAAAAGCGAAAUUCAAGGGUUGGAAGAUCGUACAUAGCGGACAGGGGAAUAGAUCCUUUGGUUUAUGCAUUGGUUUACCUCGGCAAAGAUAGCAUGAAAAGACUCUUAAAUUUGCCGUCUUCACAAGAAUGCAUAAACAGGUGAGUCGGUUUAGUUUUUUUCUUGAUUUCUCUCAGGCGAAACUAAACUAAUUAUAGCCUACAGUAUGCUUAAAAUGAAUUGUACUUCCCCCAAACCAAAACUAUUCGCCACUUACAGAUGUGGCGAGAGAGAAAAAACACAGUCUUUUAAUCCUGUUAAAAGACCCCGUCCAAACUUGCACGGAUCCGAAAUUUGUCCGGACGCGUGCCAACGCGGUCUUAGAGUGUGCUUAAAAACCGAGUCAAAAUUAGCGACAAGGAUUGAAAUUUAAGAAAAGAAUUUAAGGUUGAAGAAAACUUGCUCCACUAUCAGCAACAUCUACGAGCGCCCUGCGGUAACAUAUCACUGUGAAUCAAGGCUAGUGUCUGUAUGAUUGUAUAUUCCAAUCUGUACAACAAUGUUUUGAAACGGACACUCAAACGAACCGGAAAAUCCAAAACAAAAACUUGCUUGACUGUUCUCUCUAUUGUUACUGGCAAAACAUUCGUAAUAGUGAUCGCAAGUUUCUGUUAAUUGUCAUGUUUCUGUUAAUUGUUAUGUUUCGAACCUACAACUUUUUUGUACUGUAUACUUAAAAAAAAUGCCUGACAAACCCUCGCGAAACUCGGUGAAAAUUUGCGCCACUCAAAUUGAGUGACGGACGGGGUGAGCGACGAUUUUAAGAGAAAGCAAAAACAUCAUUGAGAGAGGUUGUAUAUUCCCUGGCCUUCUCUCCAAAAAUAUAAGUCCGAUUACUGUUUAUCAAGAAGCGACCAAGAUCUCUCGUUGUGAAGUGAAAUUGUUGCAGUUUCGUGUUUCCUCAGUUUAUUCCGGCUAGAUGUAAAACUAGGCAUGUUUAUUUUACAUUUUAAAUUUAGUAACACUGAUAGUGCUGACCAUGAGAUCUAAACGAAUUCUGGUCUUGCGACAGCCUCCUUGGUUAAACCAAAAUAGUGAAAAUAUUGAGACUACUUCUCAGAUGUGCUUCGUCUAGAUCAGUUAUGUAGUGUAAACCGACUUGCCAUGGUCUUGCACUGGUUGUCUACAUUACUAAUUUUAAAUGUUUUAAGUUGAGUGGCGUGGCGUUUGGCUGAAUAAACCAAUUUCGAUAUAUUAAAAUUCAUUCUUGGCUGCGAGGCUUGCGGGAAUAAACCAAAAGAAAUCAUCGUGAGGCUCAACAAUGAAUAACACAUUUCUUUUGUUUUAUUCCCCCAAGCCUCGGAGCCAACUAAGAAUUCUAAUAUAUCAAAAAUUAGAGCAAGGUUAGGUAUGUCUAGUCAACAUUUCUUAUGCUACUGUUGUUCUGACGGAAAUCAUGGAUGUCAUUCGGCAUUUUGUCAAAGUCGGAUUGCAUUUUUUAUUUUCUCAUGUAGCAUUGACAUUGACAUUGUUAGUGAACAGGCUGAACAUUCUUCCGUGUGAAUAGGCCAAUUCCGAGUUCGUAAAAUUUUCACUUUCAAAAGAGGCUAAGCGUAAAAGCCUUCUUGUGAAAGUGAGUUUUCUUUGCGUGAGAAUAACAAAUCAUUUUCACAUCAUUCGGUCUUCGCACCUAGCCUCGCCCCGAAACAGAGGCUUGGGGCUUUUCGGAAAUGGCCCUCUGCUGUAGUCCACAUCGACUGCUUAAAAAACGCACCGACAAACUAAAAAAGUAUGUUCCAUUGCGACUGCCUGGAACAAUGUUGACUAUUUAGGAAAGAAUUGUUCAUCAGUCGGGGCUGCCGUGGAAGAGCUUUGAGCUACGUUUCAAGGAAAAGUACUACAUUGGAACAGUUUCGUUUUUCCCGACGGAAACCUCAUAUAUUUUCUCUAAAAUUAACUCGCUUUAUACGGACACCGGUUAAUACGGACUCUUUUCUAUGUCUCAAGUAACAAAUUCUCAUGUUUCGCUAACCUCUCUCUACGGACGCUGGUUCUGAUCCGCGCACUGUCUAUGACUGAAUAUCUCAUCAUUGAAAACCUAACUGAAACACUGAAUGACCUUUCAAAGGUUCUGUCUAAUGUUCAUUCCACCUGGCUAAGUUGCAAACUUAAACCGUCAGUACAAAGUAAAGUCACGGAUUUCAUUGUUGGAUUUCAAGAAAAAUACUUGAAAGAAAGUUUUAAUCUGAGACUAUGAUGUGUUGGUAAGGAUGAACUUGUUAAGCUACGUGCAAACAGAUGCAACAACUCCCAACAUUGUUAGGACCUGCAGUUGGUCGUGGGAAGGAUACAACCCAUAAAACUUUGUAAACUAGAAGGAGACCAUGUGAAAUGCGCCGCGUGCGUGGCCUCAAGCUGUGUAAACGGAUCCAACAUUGUUGCGCUACGCUUCGGCGAUUAGCGAGCAAAAGAAAUGUUGGGAGUUGUUUGCUCAAAAGUUUGACCGGUUUCAAACUUUGCGCAACAAUAUGCAACAGGGUGCACAGCGGGACGCAAUAUGUAACAUCCAACAGUGUUGGGAGUUGUUGCUCAACUGUGUUGCAUUCGCUCGCGCGGGGCUUCAUAGUUACUGCUAAAAAAUCAAACAACGUUUCCUGGUAAACACGCCUGCGUUCGUCUUAAAAUUGAUGAAACAUGCGUCCGUGACGGUUUUUUAGCCUGCGAAAACAGCCGUUUCUCCUCGCUCUUCGCCGCUGUGGACGUUUCGCGGGGAGAAACGUCCGCGAAACGUCUUCAGCAGCGAAGAGCGAGGAGAAACGGCUAUUUUCGCAGGCUAAGUUUUUUCUGACAGUCUGCUUAAUACGGACACCACUGCAUGUCCCCUUGGUGUCCGUAUCAACCAGGUUCCAUUGUACUUUGACGUUUCGCUGCGCUUCUGUUUCCUCACCAGCCGGUCAACUUCGAAAAGACUUUCAGCUUUUUAAUCGGUUAAAAUAUUAAUUGUUUUUAGACUGGCUUCUACUGUUGUAAAGAGCUUAUGUCUCCAUUGUUUCUUCAUCAUACAGAUAUAAGAACUCGCUAGUUUUCGUGGUGCGACCCUUCCCAGAAUGCGUACAGACCGACAACAUUCGCCUCGUUCCGAAGAUGGACGAGUUACUGGACUACACUGACAAGAUGGAAACGAUCCUACGUGACAACGCCAUUCCUUACACGGUUAUUGACGUAUUGGAUCUGAAGGAAAGAGUAAAAAUAGUCAAGGAAAAAAUACUUGAGUAUAAUGGUCUCAAAUUUUCGACGAGGACGGACAAAGAAAUUAACCGCAUUCGAGAUGAUUGA